AUGGCCAAGACUGAAGAUGUCGAGGACGUCGCAAUUAAUACACCACCGUCAGCAGAGACACUUGACAAAAUCAGCGAAUUUACGGUCCUAGAUCGCAAGGGAGAAAAACACACAUUCAAAAGUAUCUAUGACGGACCCGAGUCCGAUGAGCGUGUUCUUGUUGUUUUUAUCCGCCACUUUUUCUGUGGGAGCUGCCGAGAGUUCGUCUCUGCCCUCUCAAACAUAAAGCCAGCCUCCCUCCAAAAACUCCCAACACCCACUUCCAUCGUCAUAAUCGGCCUCGGAGACCCCGGCCUAAUAGACUCCUAUGUCACACAAACAAAAUGUCCAUUCCCCAUCUAUGCCGACCCGACUAUGAAGAUAUACACGGAGCUUGAUAUGAUUGUUUCUAGGGCUAUGGGUGCACGUCCUCAGUACUUCCGCAAGAGCAUGGCUUGCGUUGUUGCGGAGUCGCUUGUGAACUGGGUCAAGCACAUGCGUACUGGGCUCAUGUUUAAGGGUGGUGCUACGGGUCAGAAUGGGGGUGAGUUUCUUUUUGAGCCCGGCCCUGGUGGUGAUGGGGGCAAGGUUGUUACUUGGUGUCAUAGGAUGGGUGACGUGAGAAAUCAUACCUCGAUGGAGGGUUUGAGGGAGGUUAUCGAUCCGGAGGGGUUGGUUUUGGGGAAGAAUGAACUGCGUUAA